AUGAUUGCUACUAGUCCUUGUGUCCGGACUCAAAUGAUGCAUACACACGCAUGUCCAGACAUCCGCAGCUACUUUGAGAUGGCAAAACCAAAAUUCAUCUGCGUAAAAGGAUAUGCUUCUAGGACUGAUCAAUUAGGUAUCAGUGACUUUAGUCCUAGCCACCCUCAUUCGAGGAGGUCUCUGAUUGAUAUGGUCUGGUUUAUUUACCAGACCAAGCAGGGUGAGCUAGAAAUUGUCACCAAAAAAGGCAGGUUACAGUUAGCGACUGGAAAUGCGUAUAGUCAAGAAACCAAGACCCGAGUCGAAGGGCAUUUACGUACACUUUCAGUUGUGAAGGAGAAGCAAGGUUACUUUCGACGGACCUAUCCAAUCCAGGGCCGCCCUGUGACAGGGCUCGCAAUAAUACAACCCUUUAGAGAAUACCAGAGAGAGCUUGUGAGCGUUGGACUUUACCAAAAGGGUUCUUGGUGUGGUAAGCCAAGAUCUGGUAGCUCCUCUGCCAUUCGGUGGUCAAACCCUUUUGUGGUUGACCCCAUCGCUGCAAGUUGGCACAUUGUUUCUACUGGAAGCUUGGUUGUUUACUGCGGGUGGUUUCGUAUACCUCCUGCUGGUGGUCAAGGCCCAUUCCGCCCGGUCAUCGAAGAGCAUUUUGCAGUCCCGAGCCCAUCUCUUCAGAUGAUGAUACAUAUUCCAAGAUCCAUUCCUUUGCUUACAAAACAAAUUCUAUCAAUUAAGUCAUAUUCGGCCUUAUCAACUCCAAUAAUGUGGAAAAUUCCGAAGCCUGAAUCCUGUGCAAGUAUGACAGCAUCAAGAACCAAUAGAGGCGCAUUUCUAUACAAGUCCAAAAUCUGGGUUGUAUCUCCAAGUCUCAAGGCCAAGUCGAUUUCCAAGAAGGGGUCCAAUGCAAAAUUCCAAAAGCAAGUUCCAAAAGAAAAACCAAAAACCAAAUCCGAGGCCUAUACUAAGUCCUCCUCUCCAAAAGGAUCAAAAGAAAUCCAAACUCGAGGCCUAUACUAA